AUGAAUGGAGCCGUAGAGACUGCCACCAAGAACAUCAAAAGAAUCUUGAUAAAAAUGAUCGACAACUACAAGAAUUGGCACGAGCAGCUGCCUUAUGCACUGUUAGGGUAUAGAACGACAACCCGAACUUCCACCGGGGAAACCCCAUACCUCCUUGUCUACGGUACAGAAGGGGUCAUACCCGCAGAAGUGAAAAUCCCUUCACUCAGGAUCAUCCAAGAGGAAGAGCUAAAAGAUACAGAAUGGGUCAGAAGUCGUUAUGAACAACUGGCCAUGAUAGAGGAAAAGAGAAUGGUGGCGGUAUACCACGAACAGCUAUACAGACAAAGGAUCUCUCGAUCCUUGAACAAGCUGGUCAGAACCCGACUCUUCCAAAUCGGACAACUCAUACUCAAGCAAGUGUUCCCUCAUCAAGAGGAAUAUAAAGGGAAAUUCGCGCUGAACUGGCAACGACCAUACAUGGUCAGGAAGGUGCUCUCAGGGGGAGCCAUAGUCCUAGUUGAGAUGGACAGACAAGACUGGCCCAAAGCCAUCAAUGCAAACGCGCUCAAGAGAUACUAUGUUUAG